AUGACUGGCCAACCCGGAGACAACCAACAGAUAUCCGUUGCUGCUAUCCUGUUUGAUAUGGAUGGCACCUUAAUCGACUCUACACCAGGCGUCCUGAAAGCAUGGGAAAUAUUCGCAAGAGACUAUUCUCUUGGCGAUUCCCUGAAGGUUGCACAUGAAACGCAUGGAAGAAGGCUGUACGAUACCAUUAGGGAGUAUUGCAAAGUAGACGACGAAGCCAAAUUGUUGGAAGAAAUAGACCGCUUUGAGAGUGAAGUCAUUGCUGGCGGUCCUGUUGCUCUACCGGGAGCCCUGGUGCUGUUAAACAAUUUGAAUGCUAUUGACGCGAAGUGGACCAUUGUAACUUCAGCUUCCAACAAAUUCGCUUUCAGGGCAUUGGAACGAGCGGGACUGCCACUCCCCAAAGGUGUCGGCAUCAUCACAUCUAAUGAUGUUUCCAGAGGGAAGCCUCAUCCUGAUCCUUACGAGGCUGGCGCAAGUUUGUGUGGAGUGAAAUCUAAUGAUUGUCUUGUGGUCGAAGAUGCUAUCUCCGGCAUCAAGGCAGGCAAAGCAGCAGGCUCCCGUGUCCUCGCCGUUUGCACGUCUACAACGCAAGAUCGUCUCCUGUCUUCGGACGUUCAACCGGAUGUUAUCAUCCCCAAUCUCGAAGGGGUCAAAGCGACGAAGCAUGGGGAAUCCAUCCUCAUUGAACUCUAG